CCCGGCCCUCGGGGCGCGGCCUGGCCCCGCACGGCCCCGGGAGCGGCGGAACACGCGCGGCUGCGGUGCCGGUUCACUUGCUGAUGUAAAUGCAAGCUUGAGAUUACUUUUCCAUUUUUUAAGCCACUUAAAGGCGGCUGCAGUGCUCGGCUUGCCUGUGGUGUGCUUCCCUGUGUGGUAAGACAAGUUAAAGGACAGUAGCAUUGCAUGUCAGAAGAUUACAGAUGGAAAAGGAAAAGCCGAGGAAAGUCUUUUAAGUAUUGCAGAAUAAAGACAUGUGGCCUGAAUGGAGUUGUCUGGGCCAUGUAAUCGCUGUGAAGUUUUGUAAUGGCAGAAGCUAGAUCUUCAGGAAUCAAAAGAUCCCAAACAAGUUUGUCACUCAGUAAAAGUAAGAAGAAAAAGGAAACAACAAAAAAAGUGGAAGUUACAGGAACGCCAUCUACACCUUCAGCAUCAUCCUCUAUUACUUCCUUUUUUAACAAUGUUCCCCCUGCCAAAGUUAGCUGUCCCAUGUGUGGGCAAUUGGUGCCAAGAUAUGGAAUAAAUAAGCACAUUGAUGAAACAUGUCAGAGAAACCGUGGUGAGGUUGGUGCCAUUGAUACUACACUGACUUCUUUUAGGAAUAAGAGUCCCCCAGCUGCAAAUCUGAGCAAUAAUUCCAGCUCAUAUUUUUCAAAAAACAUCUUAAAUCUAGAAGCAAGUCCUUCCAAAAGUAAUUUAUUGAAAGGAGGAGGGAGUGCAGCCCAACAGACUAGUCCUUAUUUCAGCAAUAAUAGUUCAGUGUUGAGUGUGAACAGUGAAUCCCAGGCCAGAACAGUUAGAACAGUCUCCUUGGGAAGCUUGUCUGCCAAACUGUCCAGGAGACGCUGCCUGCAGGGAGGAAAGCAGGUCCUGUAUGAGGAGAUCAACUCUUCACCUCCAGCUGUUCUCAGUGCCUGUGGAGCUGCUGCAGCCCCUGAUGAUGAUGAUGGGGAUGAGACUGAUGCUGGGCAGAGUUCUCAGAAAGAAAAUCAGCCUUCUCAGAGAGAGCACCAGGAACAACAUUUUUCAAAGAGGGAACCCGAAUUUCAAAAUGAAAUAAACAAAUGUAAUCAAGAAGACCUUGUGGAUAUGGUUCAAGUACAAUUACUGGCUGAUAACAGUAAGGACAAAAGGUUCCCAUCUGGUACAAGGAGCACCAAAGCAGAAAGCAGCUCUGAAGGUGGGAUACUUAGUCCUGAUAGAUGUGAAACAUCUCUGGCCAUCCACACUUCAGCAGAGCUGACCAGUAAUUUGGACAUUGAGACUCAGCCUCACACUGAGGUUACUCCUUCAAAGACAGAAGUGGACAGUGGGACAGAAAAUUGCUUUGGCAGGGAUGAUGCAGAGGUACUUCCUGUGGAAGUUCUUGAAGACUUUGAGAAUGACAUGAACCAUCCUCUGUUAGAAACUGUGGAAAAGUCAGAAUCUCAGGAUUCCACUGGGGACAUUCUAGAUAAAAUAGAUGAGGUCCUCUCUGUGCCCAGCUCUCCUGGUCACCCCUACUACCUCCAGAAUUUUCUAGUAGUGCUGCGAGCGGUAUUGCAGAAUGAAGAUGAUGUCAGACUUUUUAAUGAACAAGAUUUGAACAUUAUAACCAAGUUCUACAAAUUAUCAGUUGGUGGGCAGAAGUUGUAUGUGAGACUUUUUCAACGCAAGCUGAACUGGUUAAAGGUGAACAAAAUAGAGUAUGGGGAGAUAAGUGUGGAUUUGUCACCAAUAAUUGAAGAACUGGCUGAAGCCAGAUUCCUACAAACAGAAUCUGAAUUGGAAGACCUGUGUGAAGGGUUGGAUUUGCUUUCAGCCCCUGAGCUAAAAACACUGGCAAAAAUCUUUCACUUGCCAAACCCAAAUGGUCAGAAACAGCAACUCGUGGAUGAUUUUCUGAAGCUGUCAAAGCAGCGUUCCAUCUUCAGCAGGAGUCAGGCUGGUAUUGGGACAGUGAUUUUAAAAAGGGUGAAGGAGCUGGCUGGAAGGUGUGUCCGGGUGUGCAGGGAUGCGCGGGCUGUGUUCUCCCGAGUGCUGCUGCUGUUUGCGCUGCCCGAGUCGCUGGAGGAGGAGGAGGCUGGCAGUGCUGGGCAGGGCCUGCUCGCCACCGUCCUCAGGGCAAACAUGGGGCACAUGGUGUUCCCCACUUACACAGUAAACAGGAAAACACAGGUCUUCCAGGACAGAGAGGAUCUCAUCAGGUAUGCAACUGCUGUUCAUCUGUCAAAUGAUAUAGCCACUGCAAUGGUAAAUGGGAACUGGGAAGAAGCCAAUAAUCUCUAUUUGUAUGCUAAAGAAACCUGGAAUGAACUGAAGAAUCACCCCUCUUUGAGCUAUCACAGAACUUUACCUGAUUACCUGCGGCGUUUCACAGUUGGCUGGGUGUACACGAGAAUCCUUUCUCAAGGAGUUGAAAUUCUGCAGAGACUUCACAAGUAUAAGGAAGCAGUGCAGCAGCUGCAGAGCCUCCUGGCCCAGGAUGUGUAUUGUACUGACAGCAGAGGGAGAUGGUGGGAUCGGCUGGCUCUGAACUUACAUCAGCACUUGAAAAACACUAAGAAGACCGUGCACGACGUCACUCACGUUACAAUCAGUGGAAAGAUGUGUCCUCAGACGGGAAUGGGAAAAUCUGUGUUCCUCAUGGAGGAUAUUGGUGAUGGAGAAGGAGGCCAGGACUGCAGUGUAUCCACAGUCAUGUGCUCAGUUGAGGAGCUGGCAUUAACUCAUUACAGGAGGAAUGGCUUCGAUCAGGGUAUUCAUGGGGAAGGCUCAACGUUUAUUACACUGUAUGGGAUUCUGAUGUGGGAUAUCAUUUUCAUGGAUGACAUACCUGACGUGUUCAGAAAUUCCUAUCAGACAUCCCCCCUGGAUUUAUACACUGACAGCUUCUAUGAGAACAGGAGGGCUGUCAUCGAGGCCAGGCUCCAGCAGCUUCACACAGCUUCCUCUGAGACACUGGCAGAGCUGGUUGCUGACGUCUGGAGCACUCAGGAGGGAAAAGCAGCAGCUCUGGUUAACUGGGGACGUUUUACUUCCCUCCAGCAAGUCCAGAGCCUGGUCUCUUGCCUUGGAGGGAGGUUCCUGAGCGGUGUUUUCCAGCGGCUUUCCAGGGACCUGCGGCACUGCCGGGGCGGCCUGCCCGACCUGCUCGUGUGGCGCUCGCACAGCCAGCGCUUCAAGCUGGUGGAGGUGAAGGGCCCCAACGACCGCCUGUCUCCUAAGCAGGUGCUGUGGCUGAGUGAGCUGCACAAGCUGGGGGCUGCAGUGGAGGUUUGUCACGUGCAGGACGUUGGGGGCAAGAGCAAACGCCUCAGCUGACACAGGUUGGAUCAUUGGUCAACUCGGGUGUUCCUAAAGGAAUGGGUCGCACACACCAAUGACUGCUGAUUAAUAAAAAUAGUUUCUUCUAAAAUUCUGGUUUCUUACAACAUUACCAUAGUCCUUUUUAGCACAAAACAUUCUAAAAUGUAAUUUGAGAAAACUGCCAAUAUCAUUUACUGCAUGUCACUUUGUGUUGAGGAGAGCCCUUCCUUUCUCUCCUCAGUUCCUGACUUAUUCUGUGAGGUAAUCUGGGCUUUGCCCAGCGAGGAGAAGAGCUGCCUUCAAGUGUGAAGACCUGAGACCAUCUCUGCCAUACAGAAACUGGGCCAUCAGGUGCUGCUCAUUUGCAGGGUGUCCUAAAUUCAUUAUGUUGGGCAAGUCUCCUUGCAAGGUUUGAGUUCAGCCCCUUGCCAGGAUUGUCAGGUCCAGUGUGAUUCUCUGUCUGUCCCCACUUACCGUGAUGUAUUUGAAUUUUGCACUUGUACAUAAACACAUAGAGGUGGCAGAGAGUAGGGCAUAAAGCAUUAAUGCUGUUCUAAUGUGUAUGAAAGGAUAAUUUAUUUAACAGCCCCUUCUGUUUAUGUGUAUUACCUGUAUAAAGGGGAAUAUUUCUGGUAGCAGACAGGAGUUGGUCAGUGCCAAGAUGACCACAUUCAGUACAGUCAGUUCUGCCCCACAUAAAUUGAUGUGUUUGCUCAUUCAGAAGUAUGUCAGUCAACUGGAACUAAAAAGAUGAAUUCCAUUUUAAGACACCAAAAUCCUGUGGGUUUCUCCUAAUUUUAACACACAGCCAACAUCUUUUCUUUGGAGUCUUCAUUCUCAUACUAAGUUCCCUUCUGUGAGAAAUUCUGUUCACUAUGCAAACUGCAGACACUAAAACAGAACAUAGCAAGAAAUAAGAUAAUUUGCACAUCAUUUUUAUUAAUCAUCUUUCUAUAGCACAGUGUCCAUGCUUUUCUUGGAAAAAACCACACACACACUUUUUGUUAGAGGAAGGGAAAGAAAUCACCUGAAAUUCACUGUGGAAAGGUACGAACUUUUAUUGACUCUAAUUUAUUUCACAUUCACAACUCAGCAUCAGGAUUUUAUAAUCUUCCUGCCACUGCUACUCAGUAAAUCAUUAUCAGGCACAAAGGUUUUAGUUUCAGUUGAAAUGGUGAAUUCUAAACCAUCACAGCAACAGCAUUAGAAACCUACUGCCUAGAGCAAUUUGAGGUACAAAUUUCUGUCUCUUGGUUAGAGGCAAAUUUAAGAUUUCAUCCUUUGCUUAAAUACACGUUAGAAUUUUUUGGUUUUAAUAUAUUUCCAUCUGAGAAUAAGCCAAAAGGUUUGCCCAGCUUGCUACAUUUUCAUUGAAACACAAGGCAGUUAAUUGUUCAGAGUGGUAUUGCAGGCAGCUGCACACAAAGCACACGUGCAGCCUGGGCAGACACACCAAGUUCUCAGUGCACUCCUGGGGCACAGGGCAGUGCCUGAGGCUGAGGGGGCACCACAGCCCUGCACUGGGGCCAGCAGCUGCAGCAGCAACUGCAGAGCUCCCUGUGUGGUACAAAGCCAUGACUCAGCCAGGAACAGCUGCAGCAAUGCACAUUUUCUACAAACACAAAAGGAUGAGCUGCUUGGGAGCUUUCUACUCUGCAACACAAAGAUGGCAUUUAACAGUAUGUUGCUUUAAAUGGUGAACAGAAAUGAAAAUUUGGAAAUAUGUGUACAUAUAUAUACAGAGACAUAUAUAUACACACUUGCAUGUCAGUAUUCUGUACACAGAGUUAAGAUACAUACUCACACCCCAAAAUUGCUUUUGAAAGUUAUUAAAGAUAUUCAGAACAAUCCCUACUGACUUGAUAAGGCAACUGUGCAGACUGGAGAAUAUUCAAAAUCAACACUUGGUACCUGUCCUUCAAAAGUGAAUCUGAAAGUAGUGAGCUGUUGAACUCAGAGGAAGCAGCAGCAUCCACAGGGACAGCAGCUCCUCAGCAAGGAAGCAGAACCUUGUCUUCAAGCCUAGGGAAAGCUGGAGCCCUUCCCUUCCUCUCUGCAGGAGGUUGCCCCUUCUCAGCCUCUGCUUACCUAAUUCCCUUUUUGGAAUUG